UGAACCGUGUAGUUGUGAUUCUAAAUAUAUAGCCACAGGUUCCAAGCCCUCAGUUUAAAUUAACGGGUUUUUCUACUUUAGUGUCACUUUAUUUCGGGAAGAAAGCAAGCAUUUGCCUCCCCAUGCUGAGUAACUGUUAAUGGGCCGUUACAAAAUUUGCUGUGGCCAGUGGCAAAGAGCGAUGUUGUGAACCUUUCAGCUGAUCCUGCAUGUGAAACGUACCCGUUCUGAAAGCUUAAGAUUUUGUGGCGGUGAAAGAGAAGGAGAAAAUGGCGAACUGUUUCAUCAAGUGCUGUCGUACUGUAAAGCACCUACCUGUUCGGAUCAUCUGCUUGCUGGUCUACAUCCUUCAUACAAGUUGUGUGGACUACUAUCUCGUGGAACAUAAAGACAUCAGCUGGUUAGGUUUUCUGGUGGCAGACGUUAUCAUUUUUUGCCUGUUCAUUGCGUCAUUUUUGGUUUCCUACCAUAAUCUAAGGGGUUCCAGAUCCGACUCUACGAUGGAGAAAGCCGGAAGCUGGCUCGGCAUAUGUUCAUGGUUUUUAUUUUCGACCAUUGUCGCGACUAAAGCUGGAAUCAUUUUCAUUGACUUUGCAGACGACCUAGAUGAAAACGACUUUUUUGGUCCGAACACCCUCAAAACUUCGCUAGCCCUCGCCGGAGUAGUAUUUCUUCUCCAUCUCUCAUCGCUCCAUGACGCUAAACCAGGUUCCGAGAGAAGAGCGUACAUCGAGGAAUUAACAGGGACAGUCAUUUUCGACAUCAUGGACUGUGUGGAUAGUAUGGAACCACUGUUUAUCAAAGAAGACCGUGACGCCUUCCCACCAGGUCUUGUAGAAGCAAUAGUAGCCAUAGCCUGUCUUAAUUUCGUAAUUCCAACAAUUCCUUUACUAACUCUUACCAACACAAAAUUUGGCCACGCCAAACUUCCACGUCGUCUGGUGAUGCUACACAAAAUUCUGCUCGCUUACAUCAUUAACCUUCCUCUCCUUAUCAUGAGAAUGAUUCUGUGGCAUGGUCUAAAUCAUGGCGUCUCCAUAUUUUCCUUGAAAAACGUCAUUGUAAUUGCCAUGGUAUCCUAUGAUUUUUAUGAGCAUCACGAAGCAAACAUGGACGAAACUCGAGAAGACAACGACAACAAAGACAAGCUAGAGGAUGGGGGAUUAUCGGGUGAAGCAUACAACUUGGAAAACCGUUUCAAUUACGACUGACCGUUUCCUCAGUAGCAUUUGGUUUCCCCGAAACUUCUAGCACGCCUCGGAUUCGAGAGACAAGACAAGAAAAUGUCUAAAAAAUCACAUAUCUUCGGGUGUUUAGAUCAUUAGAAUGGCCACUAUUUUAGACCAUUAGUUAGCAGUUUCUAAUGUGAAUUAGUUAGAAGUUCCUCUCGUGACAAGAACUGAUUUUUUGUUCAGUUUUUCAUGUGAACACGUGAGAGAUACCUCUAUCUUAGAGCCGAUGGAGUGUUGUAUGUAUAGUUUGUCUUUAAGGUAUGUUUGAAGACGUAGAUUGAGUGAUAGGAUGGUCCAAGUAGAAAUAAAGUAAGAAAAUCACAAUG